GUGAGCGAAAAAGUAGGAGGUGCAGAAGGAACCAAGCUAGAUGAUGACUUCAAAGAAAUGGAAAGGAAAGUGGAUGUCACCAGCAGGGCUGUUAUGGAAAUAAUGGCAAAGACGAUAGAGUAUCUUCAGCCCAAUCCAGCUUCCAGAGCUAAACUCAGCAUGAUCAACACUAUGUCAAAAAUUCGGGGCCAGGAAAAGGGACCAGGUUACCCCCAGGCUGAAGCCUUGCUGGCAGAUGCGAUGCUGAAGUUUGGCCGAGAACUUGGAGAAGAAUGCAACUUUGGACCAGCACUUGCAGAUGUGGGAGAAGCUAUGAAGGAGCUUUCUGAGGUCAAGGACUCUUUAGACAUAGAAGUGAAACAAAACUUCAUUGACCCACUUCAGAAUCUCCAUGACAAAGAUCUGAGAGAAAUACAGCACCACCUAAAGAAAAUGGAGGGUCGACGCCUGGAUUUUGAUUACAAAAAGAAAAGACAGGGCAAGCUUCCUGAUGAAGAACUUCGCCAAGCUUUGGAGAAAUUCGAUGAAUCAAAAGAAAUUGCUGAGUCAAGCAUGUUCAACCUUCUGGAGAUGGAUAUUGAACAAGUGAGCCAGCUUUCUGCUCUUGUACAAGCCCAGCUGGAGUACCACAAGCAAGCCACGCAGAUCCUGCAGCGCGUUACUUCUAAGCUGGAAGAUAGAAUAAAAGAGGCAUCAUCUCAGCCCAGGAGGGAGUACCAGCCCAAACCCCGCAUGAGCCUGGAUUUCACAACUGGUGACAAUACUCAGCACAAUGGAGGAAUAUCCCAUGCCACCACACCCAAACCAUCAGGUGCCCACAUGGAUCAGCCAUGCUGCCGAGCUCUGUAUGACUUUGAACCAGAAAAUGAAGGGGAGCUGGGGUUUAAAGAGGGUGAUAUCAUUACCCUCACUAACCAGAUCGAUGAAAACUGGUAUGAGGGGAUGCUUCAUGGCCAGUCGGGUUUCUUCCCCAUCAAUUAUGUCGAUAUUCUUGUUCCAUUACCCAAUUAGGAUGGCUGAUCCACCACCUCUGACCCUGAUAGUUGUGUCAGUACCACUGCUUUCAGAAUGCUGCUUCUUACACCUUAAAAGUGCAAAUUGCAGUGGUUAGAGUCAUCGAUUCCCACUGAAUCCUUGCAUCCUUGGUUUAUGUGUUGUCAUACUACCUGGUGGUGAUGCGUGGUAUCUUCUGAGCCAGCACAGUCUGGGUUGGUUUACUGGCCAUGCUGGCCUGGUGGUAAUCAGAGCCAUUACCGAGAUGAAGCUGGGAAGACAGUGGCGAGCAAAGCAGGUAACGCAUAGGGAAGUAGCAGGAAGUGAAGGUGGUAUUGGGAAGAUAAUGCCUAUCACCACUCUAUUACUUUUCAUUCUUAGUUCUCUAUGAGGGAAAAGUUCUUGCCAUUCCAUCUUUCCCUUCCUAAUGAUACAGUUUACACAGGUCUAACGCUGACUAACCAGAAUUGUAUCUUCCAACCCAACUGGCUUGCUGUUCUC